GGUGCUCCCAUGUGAACAGUUUUAAGGCGGACAAUUGGAAGCAGAGCCUGCGAGUGAUUUACCAGUGCUUUGUGUGGAGUGGGACUGCGGAGAGCAGGAAAAGGAAGAUCACUUUUUUUAAGGUGCGGGGAGAGAAACACUGGUUGUUGCUGGAGUCUUGAAAGAGAAGCAUCAUAUCAUUUGAACUAAAUUGUGGCUGUUGCAGUACCUGCAUUCAGCUGGCAGUCACUGCUCUGACCAAGAUUUCAAGUUCAAACCCUGGCUUUGGGGAAACAUGGAAACCUUUUUUAGGCAAAAUCCUGCAUUUGCCACAUGUGUGGUGCUCACCUCAACCGGCUCCAUUCCUGCCUGUAUUGUGUGUUCUUUGGCUGUUUCACCAAGAAACACAUACACGAGCACGCAAAGUCCAAGCGCCACAACUUGGCCAUAGACCUCUUGUAUGGAGGUAUAUAUUGUUUUAUGUGUCAAGAUUAUAUAUAUGACAAAGACAUGGAACAAAUUGCCAAAGAAGAACAAAGAAAAGCAUGGAAGUUACAAGGGGUUGGCGAAAAGUAUUCAACAUGGGAACCAACAAAAAGAGAAUUGGAAUUACUACGGCACAAUCCCAAACGUAGGAAAAUAACUACAAAUUGUACCAUCGGUCUCCGAGGCCUAAUUAAUCUAGGGAACACCUGCUUUAUGAACUGCAUUGUCCAGGCACUUACCCACACUCCACUACUCCGGGAUUUUUUCCUUUCUGAUCGACACAAAUGUGAAAUGCAAAGUCCCAAUUGCUGUCUAGUCUGUGAAAUGUCUAGACUAUUUCAGGAGUUUUAUUCGGGGUACCGAUCUCCACAUAUUCCAUAUAGGCUAUUGCAUCUGGUUUGGACGCAUGCACGGCAUUUAGCAGGGUACGAGCAGCAGGAUGCACAUGAGUUUCUGAUCGCUGCACUAGAUGUUCUACAUAGGCACUGCAAAGGUGAUGAUAAUGGGAAGAAAGCCAGUAAUCCAAACCACUGUAACUGCAUUAUUGACCAAAUCUUCACUGGGGGACUGCAGUCUGAUGUCACUUGCCAAGUCUGCCAUGGUGUCUCCACUACGAUAGAUCCUUUCUGGGACAUCAGCCUGGACUUACCUGGGUCUUCCACGCCAUUCUGGCCCUUAAGUCCAGGUUCAGAUGGGAAUGUUGUGAAUGGAGAAAGCCAUAUGUCCUCUGGAACCACCACACUUACAGACUGUCUACGAAGGUUUACAAGACCUGAGCAUCUCGGAAGCAGUGCCAAAAUAAAAUGUAGUGGUUGCCAUAGUUAUCAAGAAUCGACAAAACAGCUUACAAUGAAGAAACUUCCCAUAGUGGCCUGUUUUCAUCUCAAACGCUUUGAACACUCGGCCAAGUUACGGCGAAAGAUCACUACGUAUGUCUCUUUUCCACUGGAGCUGGACAUGACGCCAUUCAUGGCUUCCAGUAAAGAGAGCAGAAUGAAUGGACAGUACCAGCAGCCUGUGGACAGUCUAAACAAUGACAAUAAAGUCCUAUGUGAACAGCACAGGCUGAGAGAGAUGCAUCUUGUGUGUAUGUGUGGGCAUGACAUCAUAACUGGCAAGCAACCCAAUCACAAGUAUUCGCUGUUUGCAGUCGUCAAUCAUCAGGGAACACUGGAGAGUGGGCACUAUACCAGCUUCAUUCGACAACACAAGGACCAGUGGUUUAAGUGUGAUGAUGCAAUUAUCACCAAGGCUAGCAUAAAAGAUGUGCUAGACAGUGAAGGGUAUCUCUUGUUUUAUCACAAACAGUUCCUUGAAUACGAGUAGCCUUAUCAGACUGGGGAAAGCCUUCAGAACGAUACACAACCUACCUGAAACUCUAAGUACUGUCAGCACUGAGUGAACCUACUUGACACUGAUUUUGGUCUGAAGCAGUGAGACUGAACACCUGAUGGAAUGAGAUGGGAGGAGGCAUGGGUCGUCCUCGCAGCCGCAGCCCGCAUGUCCGCAGGGAGGGGGGGGGAGGGUGCACAUCUCAGCUUCUGUUUCCAUGGUGCUUGAGCUCCAGCCGACCAAGUGUAUAACAACAAUAACAAACCAACCCAUUACUAUGCGAUGGGUCUGAAAGCAAAUGGAUGGUAUUAUUGACUUGCAGAUACAUUUCUGUGGAUUUAGAUAUUGAGUACUGUAUGAAACUAGUGGGCAUCUAUUUUCAGAAAAUGGCCAUUAAAACUGAAUGCAGUACUGAGACAGGUUUUCAGUAUGUACGCAUUGCCGGAGGACUGCAGAUUGAUGCAACCCAACAGAUCUCUAUAUCGGGCCCAGGUUUGUUUGCGUUCUAGCUGUGUUCUAAUUUUUUUCCCGGUCAGAGCAAGAUUCAGAGCAGCUGUGCCGUAAUGAAAUUGUACUGAACUUGGUAUUUGUUUAUUGUACAAACUCUCGUGUUUCGAGAUGGCCUUACAUCACUGAGCAGUGGGAAGUCUGUGUUCAUGUCUUAAAAAACACACACACGUGCACGCACACGAGCACACAUUUGCAGUUUGAAUAGCGGCCACAGUGACUGCUCUUGAUUCUUCCCCUUGGUUUAUUUUUAAAUUAUGCAGUCUGGGGUAUAUCAGUAGAUCAAUGUUUGGGAGCUUUUGCUGUUUUGUCAGAAAGCAGGAUCCAUGUGGAAGUCCUAGUGGCCUUCAUUGAAUGAAACAAUGUGAUCAGACCACAGGGGCCUGAAAUGAGGGAAUGCCAAUGAAACACAGCCUGUUCUGUUCGCUUCUGCAAUUUUCUAUUCCAUAUCCAGUUGUUUUUGGAUUUAUGAUUCGCAAGUAAUUGAAUAUUCUGUGCGUUUUUCUUGAGCAAGACAGAAUGUUUGAGAGCAGCUCCUGUUGGAUAACUUGUUCCAUGGUUAGCUGAUACUGCUCAUUUCAGAAUAUCACGCAAUCUCAGUUGAAGACAAAAAUUAGUAAAUGUUGUAAGGGUUUAUUAAAAAAAAAAAAUUAUUAAACAAGCAGAGUUGUAAUUAACAGUUCAGUAUGAUCAAUCUUCCGGGAUGCCAUAUUAAUUUCAAUGAACCUUAGUGUUAUCAAUUUUCUUGUACCAAAUGUCUAAAUAUCCUGCUGAGUUAGAAACAUAAGGUUGAUCCAUCAGAGAUACUUUGAUCCACUGUCUAUAUGAGUUGAUGCUGCCUUCCCCUAUUCUGAGCAAGAAAGCGGUUUGUUGUUGGUUGAAUGUCGCAGUGUUUUGGAUCUACAAACUUCAUAAAACACCAUAAUUGGAAGAAUGACCAGUUACCCAAACCUUCAGGGGACAAAUGGUAUCCAUAUUGUAGCAGUGGUAGCUCUGCAUUGUGAUGGGGUUCUCUAUAACUGUUAGCAAUCAGAAAAUUGUGGUGUAGAGAAAUGCAAGGCUCUCUGGAACUCUAAUUCCAAUAUCUAGCUGUUCUAUCUAGUCAUGUUAGACAAGGACAACUGUUUCUAUAUGAGUAGGAAGCUACUGUUUUUAAGCAUCAGUAGCUGGAAUGGUGUCCACUGGGAACUUCCACCAAAUAGAAAAGCAGCAUUCAAACAAUACAAGAGCAACUUGAGAGGAAGAUAAAGCCCAGACUGCUGCACCACCUCUACCUUUUUCUUAAUUAUUUUGCUUUUCUUGAUGGGAGGAGGAGAGGCAACAACUGUAAUUUCUCAUCAGCUUUUCUCAUUUAUGAUGAUAUGUAGCUGUGAUAUCUUUUUAAGAUUAGCAUAUUGGAUUUUAAAAUUUUGCACUGAUUUAAUUUGGUUCUUGCAUACGUGUUUCCAGUUUUGUCAAACCCACUGUCCAUAUUGAAAUGCUGAGUUUUCUCCUUCAUUUGUUGCAUUUCAUUUUAAUAUUCCUGAAUCUGAAUGUUUGUCAAAGGGAUGUUCUAGGUAAUCUUUGCACAAGUUGUUGGUAUUUUCUUUUCAGUAUCCAGUGUACUUAAACUGAAUUUAGCUUAGACUGCACUGCACAAUCUUCUAUUCAGUUUGAUCCCUUUGGUACUUAUAUUCAUGCAGUCUCCCCUUAAGGUGCUGGUAGAAAAUUUUAAAUGAUCUGGAAAUUAGGCCCAUCCUUUCAGGUUUUGAAGGCUGUUCACAAGCCAGAGAUAUGGCAGUAGGUAUUUGGAUCUCCAAUGCCUAACAAGUAAACUUGUGCACCAGGUAAUCCGUUAUCCCCAAAUGAAGCUGCAUUCAGACUAUGGAAACGUUUUUUUAAUUAUCCUGAUUUUAAUGAGGUCAUACUCCUUGUCCCUCCAGUGGUAUCAUUGCUGCAGUUGGGCAGCAUCUGUUUUUUUUUGUGCUGUUAGCAAACAAAGAUUUCACAGUGCCUUGCAUUACUCUGAAGAAACAGAACUUGAAGCUCUGAAUGUCAUUGGACAAAAAAAGCCUUUGAAAGCUGUGUUUCAUUUGUGUUCCUUCUGGAAUGGGCCUUUUACUAAGUAUUGGGUUUUCUUGUAACUGCAGUGAAGUGUAGAACUUGUGCUGUUUACAUGUAGGUGAAUGCGGUGUAAGUACCAUGUGGGCAUUUCUUAUGUCAUCCCCUGUGUAUAGUGCAGUGUGGCAGAAACUUAAGUAUUUGGGUAUGGCAUGUGGAAUGUCCACACGGCAGUGUAAGCUACAUUUUGAGAAUUGUUUUCUCUGUGCAUUUAAGGUCAAGUGACAAGUUCCCCACUAUUGUGGUAAGAUAUGUUCCCUACAUACAUUCCCAUCUGUACUUUUUAAAUGUUACUGUGAAGUUGUACAAUCGAUGAUUUAUACAACAAAGAUUAAUAAAGGUUACAGAUUUCAUGCACUCAUUUGACUGAAAUGAUGAUGUAAUAGCUAAUGACUGUCACCAGACUUCUUAGACCUAAAAGCAAAGACAGGAUUACAGUAUUCAUCAUAAUUCUGAUAAUCCUGCUUUUUAUUAAAAGACAGCUGCUAACCAUUAGCUACAACAUCAUCCAUUUUGGUCGUAAAGCUAGAGAACCUCUAAGGGUAGCAUUGCCAGUGAUUUUUUUCCAAAAAGGAGUGUUCCUAUUCAUUAGUCUUCUGUCCUGCAAUUAUGCAAAAAUCUCAAGCAUGUCACUUGGCCUUCAGAAUGUCAGUCAGUCCUGCAAUGACUGGCUUUUGCUCAACUUCAACUGAUGUGUAGUUCACCGUAGCAGAAUGGAUUUAAUAACAAGAGGAAAGUGAAAACAUCCAACUGUAAUAUGGACUGCUUUCACACACCUUGCCCUAGCGAGGCUUACAAAAAAAGAAAACAGCCUCAGCAGUUCAUAGGAGAUAUGCUCAGUUCAUGAGCUGGGAUAAAUCAGUGCAUUUUGGGAGUUGUCCUUCUUUAUUUGUGGGUCUAAGUGUUUGGUAUACAAAAGCUGCUUAAAUUAAACUACAUUUCCCGGAAUGCCAGGUGGUUCAAGCGUAUCCCAUGUUAAGGGUCAUUUGAUGCACUGUCCUCAAUAUGAAUUGUAAGGACUCCCAUUUAAUAUCCUCCGGACAGGGUAAUGUAUAUUUGAAUUCAGCCCCCACUGUGUUAUUCUAGUUCUCCAUUUGUGGUAUUGCCUGCAGUACCAAUUUCAUUUGUAAUCUCAUUUGAUUUUUUUUCAUGUUCUGGAAAAGCAAAUGUCAAAAUAAAUCAUUUGACUAUGGGA